UGCUUAACCUAAAGUAGCAUGUCAGUAACCAUAAGUCUUGUUUAGCUAUCGCAUGUUUAACUGGGUUUAAGUCUUAAUGUCUUCUGUCCACUGUUGCUAACGUCACUAGAAAGAUGUUUCACCAUAGCUACAGGUGGAGGUGGGAGCAUUAGGUGCCAUGGGAAGACUCAGAAACACUUGAUCCCAGGAAGCAGCUCGUCAGCCUUUCACUGUGAAGAUAUGCCUGCUGUGACCCGUCAUAAAGAGGACUCUGAGUCCUCCUCAGAAGACGAGCAAGAAGACCAUCAAUGCAUCGCCUGGAGUGGCCUCAGCAAGACCAUCCCAGUCCUCUUGUUUUUCCCUCAAGCUGCUGUUUCUAAAGAUGGGAAUAUCUGCUCUACUGGAGAGCGAUAUAACUUGGCCUUCAAGAUUGUGCGCACAGAGAGUCGCCUGGUACGAGGACUACUCACCAAUCAUGGAUUCCAUGAGGUCCACCCAAACAGCAACGACUUUAACCUCAUGUGGACGGGAUCUCACCUCAAGCCUUACAUACUACGCAGCCUUCAGGAAUUCCAGAAGGUCAACCACUUCCCCAGGUCGUAUGAAUUGACGCGCAAAGACCGUCUGUAUAAAAACAUCCAGCGAAUGCAGCAGACGCACGGCUUCAAAAACUUCCACAUCGUUCCUCAGACCUUCGUGCUCCCCUCUGAGUACCAGGAGUUCUGCAAUUGUUUUGUCAAGGACAAGGGCCCAUGGAUUAUUAAACCAGUAGCAUCUUCAAGAGGGCGAGGCAUCUACCUGGUCAGCAAUCCAAAUCAGAUUUCCAUGGAUGAGAACAUCUUGGUGUCUCGCUACAUUAAUGACCCGCUACUGAUAGAUGAAUUCAAGUUUGAUGUACGGAUGUACGUGGUGGUAACAUCGUACGAUCCAGUCCUCAUCUAUGUGUAUGAGGAGGGGCUGGCUAGAUUUGCCACAGUCAAGUAUGACCGGACUUCAAAGAACAUUAAGAACACGUUCAUGCAUCUCACCAACUACAGCGUGAACAAAAAGAGCAGCGAUUAUGUCAGUUGCGAUGACCCUGAAGUUGAGGAUUAUGGGAACAAGUGGAGUAUGAGUGCAGUGUUGAGGUAUUUGAAGCAGGAGGGGAAGGACACCACAUUGCUGAUGAGACAGGUGGAGGACGUCAUCAUCAAAGCUGUGCUGAGUGCCGAACUACAGAUAGCCACCGCCUGCAAGAUGUUUGUUCCCCACAAGACAAACUGCUUCGAACUGUACGGUUUUGACGUGCUCAUUGACUCCAACCUCAAACCCUGGUUGUUAGAGGUGAACCUUUCUCCCUCCCUGGCCUGUGAUGCGCCCUUGGAUCUGAAGAUAAAGGCCAGCAUGAUUGCAGACAUGUUUUCGCUUGUUGGCUUUGUGUGUCAGGACCCCCUGUCGAGACAACCACGCUCUGACCGAGUCACCCUGGACCCUAGCCUCAAGCACCCAGCAGCCCAAAAAACACAGAAACUUCUUUCUGCAGCGACAGCCACUGCACACAGCAGAAUGCGACAGAGGCCCGCAUCAGCCAGUAGCUCAGAAACAGAGGGGUCGAAAGACAAACUAGGACCUAAACAAGGCCAGGGAGUCAGCACUCUGACCUUGACUGCUGAGGAGAUCAAAGUGCUGAGGAGGAUAAAGGAAGAGUACGAGAGACGAGGAGGCUUCGUUAGAAUCUUCCCCACCGCAGAAACAUGGGAGCUCUAUGGAGGAUAUCUGGAGUCCAAGACAUCAAUGAACUUCAUGUUGGCAAACAGACUUUUCCAUGGAAGGAAUGUGAACGAGAAUGUGCAGCUGCAGGUGGACCCCGUCCACGGCUGUCACGUUGUGCAGUACGAGAGGAAGCUGCCGUCUCUGGAGGCGCGUAAGAGGAGACAGCGCCACCUGACUCAUCGCUCUGCUGCAAGGAAGAAGAAAUCGGGGAAGGAGUCCAAGGCCUCCCCGACUGAGAGCAGCAGUCAGGAGGGAGAGGAGGAGUGCUGCGCUCAGGAGGAAAGAGAGGAGGUGAAACAAGCUCUCGAGCCAGUCUCACACAAGGCUUUGGUAGCAGAGCAAAGAAAACAAGCGGCCACAGCACUGGAGCGCUGCCACAGCGAGGCAGUGUCCAGCUCAGAGGCAGCCGCGCGCAAUGCCAGGCCCAGAGUCAACCUGCUCAACAUCCUUCAGCAGGGGUGGGACCUCAGUAAAGUGCAGGCCCGGAUGGCCUUUUCCUCCUACCUGCAGCGAGUCCAGCAAAGACUGCUGGCAGAGAGCAGGGCCAACACCACCCCGGCCUGGCCAGACAAGGACAACGACCAAAUGGAGCUGGUGAUUCGCUUCCUGAGACGAGCGGCCAGUAACCUUCAACAAGACAUAAAGGUUGUCCUGCCCAGUCGCCAGCUUCCACCCCAAGACCGCAGACGCAUCCUGUCCCACCAGCUAGGAGAGUUUAUCCACUGUUACAACAAGGAAACCGAACAUGUGGUGAAAAAACAGGAGAGCAGCAUAGAGGAGCACUGUGUUAACCCCAGUGUGUUUCAAGAGUAUAUCACCGCAGCAAGUGAAAACGAUCUGGAGGAAGUACUGACAUUCUACACACAGAAAAAUAAAUCAGCCACCGUCUUCCUAGGAACAAAAGUCAGGAGUGUUAAGAAAGACGUUCAUGAAGUAAACGCCUCGGGAAAUUCAGGCAACUCUCUCCCUGUGGCCAAAAGGGAUUCCAGCGCUUCAGAGUCCUCGCUCUCCACGGGGAAAUUCAGCAGUGACCCAGACAUCACGGCCGCUGAGAGUCAGCCCUCUGUCCGUGCUGACCACCAACAGGCAGCAGUUAGAACUGGUAAAAUCCAGCCAGAGGUCCAGGCCUCCCAGCACUGCUCCAGCUUCCCUGUGACUUUAGACUGCACACAUAUUCAUCCGCAGCACUGCUCCCCCGCCCCGGCGUCCCUGCCUCUCCAUUGUCCGCCACCACCGCCGCCGCCGCCACCUCUUCAGCCACCGUCCUAUGCACAGUCCCUGGCUAAGUCUCAGUUCUGCCACUCUGAGACUCUCUCUGACCCUCCUGCAUACACCCCUGCCCUCGUGGUCACACAGCCCCCGAGAGCAAUGUGGACAGCUGUUUCCACUGGCACUAACACAGUUUGUACUGGGCACCCGACCCAGGUGCUCAGGAGGAUUCAGUCCUUUACCUCAUCGACGUCCAGCUCUGGAGCAGCCUCCUCCAUACCGAGUGCCACGCACAUCUACAGCCAGAAGCACUCUAGACCCACCUCUGCAGGCCAAGUGAUCCGGAGGAGCAGUUCCAGUAAGCUGAAGUCAAACUCAGCAGGGACAUUAAAGGAGUUAAACUCCCUGUCUGCCCAAGCCCAGUCCAACCAGCAGGCCUUCAUCUCAGCCCUGCAGAGGCUGGCUGACAAGCAGGUUGCUCGCCACUGUGCCAGCUCCAGUCACAUCAACCUGCUGACACAACAUUUGACCAACCUGAACAUGGCAAACAGGAUGCUGAGCAGAGAGAGCGUCACACUGAACCCUAAACUGCGGCACACUGCCGCUACAACCUCAGGGCCAGUGAAAGCUGUUCACUCUGGAACAGAUCUAUGUAGCGGCACUAGCCACAGGCCUCUGAAGGAUGAGGAGGGUCCCUGGGAUGGGCAGAUGCAGAGUGCCCAUAGCUUGGUGACGGGGGUGAACCCCCAGCAGCGCUACCAGCCCGCCCAAGGAAACUACCAGCUUCAGUUUGCUAUCCAGAAACUGCAACAGCAAAGACUUCAGUCUCGACAAUUUCUGGACCAGAGCCAAUGCAGACACAAGGCUCAAUUUCCAGACCCGACAAGUACUUCACACGCCCAGGCUCCCACACACUCAUCCAGCUGCCCUCCAUCCAGCUUUCAUGUUCGGCCCGGUCACAGUCAUGGCCACAGCCACAUUCAGACCAGCGUUAGUCCUGUUCUCGCCCCAAAGCCACCCAGCAGCGCCAGAGAGGGACAGAUCAGGAAAACGGCAACAAAGCGCCUCAUCAAGCAGACGUCCGCAGAGAGUUCAGCCAGCGGAAGUGUGUCCAGCGGCCAGCCUGUGGUCUACGAAGCCAUCUGUGGUAAAACAGGUCUGUCUGUGUACAGCAAGCUGCUCCAGGGCCAGGAGCCCGGUCACAGAUGACAUGAAAGCGACCAGAGGCACGUCCUGCCCCUCUGCUGGCCUGACAGGUGUCUCUGCAUGUAACUACAUCCUCACAGAGGUGUAUUCUGGGAAGGGGACAACAGCAGCAGAUGAAAGCAUGCCAGACAUCGAACAGGGUCCUAUUAAUUUCUCUCUGAUACAGCCGCAGACAUGCGAGAGGGUCGUCUACAAGGCCAGGAAUGGCCAGCUUUGACGCGGGUUGGGGUUUUAUUUGCUCAGCUCAACAUCAGUUGGCCUUUUCAGCUCCUUUCCUCCCCCCGACCCCCCACCCCUCUUGGCUACGCUCACACAUCCCAACAGUUGUCCGCCCUCAUUCUCUCCAUGCUACUGAUGCCACAGAGAGAUUUCACUGACAGAUAGCCUUCAGCAGAUGGUUCUUCAAUGCCCUGGUGGCAUUUCAACUGCAGGAUUCAAUCUUUUAUUCUUUGCUCAUGCAGUAGCACGUACACAGCUAGCCGUUCCUGUAGAUUUUAUCUUCCUAAAAAGUGAUACAAACAGAUGCAGAGCUUCUUUCAUGAGUGGCUUCUGGCGUCAGACACUCCAACUCCCGGACGUUGUUGGAAGCCAAGUUGUUGCCAAAUCGCACUCUGUGGUCAUUGCCUGAGGAUCUGUGUUAAUGUACAGCAUCCUUUGCUUGUAGGCUUUAAAGGAUUGGUUGCUGCCUUGUUCCCUGUUUACAAGGAUGAUGCAACACUGUUGUUGUAUCAAGAUUAGAAUACAGUCGGCUUGUGAUUAUUCCUGUUGAGAUGUUGAUGUUGUUUUCCUCGGAUGGACCAAAUUUAAUAUUUUUUGGUUUAAUAAGUAAAUUAUUGUUGUUGCAUCAGUAUUUAUUUACUGUACAGUGUCCACCAAAGGGCCUUUUUGGCCGUUUCCGUAGCUCAAAGCAUAACAUAAAGAGGAAUCAUGGUUAUGCACAUCCUUGCCUACAAUGAAGGUUAAUGCUGCACCAGCAGAUCAGUAUCCUUGUGGAUAUUCUGUUGCUUGGGACCAUAUUAUAGCGAGUUAACUCAGGGCGUGAUAAUAAAAUAAAACAUCUCUGUUAUAUAUCAAUAGAUUCAGCAUAUGUUUAUGAUGACUUUGUCAGAAAUACUUGAAUGUCAUGCAUGUUUUUUUCGUCAUAUCGACUGGUGAUUAUCAUCAGAGUGAUUUUGCACAGAUUGUAGUUUUCAAUGCAGUACAACACAACUGGUUUUAACACACUUGAUGGUAUUUUUUGUAGUGAUUGAUGUUCAACUUAAUGUUGUGGGUUUAUGCAUGCUGUGUUACAAAACAGUGGCAUCCAAAUCAAUGUGUAUAUUCUCCUGUGGUGAUACAGAGUUGUUUACAGUCCGAUCGUUUUAUCAGUUGUGUCGCUGAUUGUUUACAACACGCAUGCAUGGAAAUGUGAUAUUUCUGGAAUCAUCUUGUCAGUUCUGUAUCAAAUGACAUCGAAAUGAACACCUAAAGAACAUUAAAACAUGCUGAUCAUGUUA